CCAUGUGGGGUUUGGGUUUUGGGUCAUCAUCCUUAUAUUAUUUGUUAUUAUUAUGUGCAUCCACAUCCAUAUCCUCUUCUCAACAUAAGCAACACCCUCAUUUCACCGCCGUAGGCCAUGGCGGAUGGACCCCCUGCCGCCGCCGCCGCCUCUACCGCCACCCCAAAGCCAAGAAGGCCACGGCCACCGUCAGGACGCACUAACCUGGCCUCGUGCGUCGUGGCCACCAUCUUCCUAAUCUUCAUCGUAAUCGUCAUUCUCAUUGUCUACUACACGGUGUUCAAGCCGCAGGACCCCAAGAUCGCCGUCAGCGCCGUUCAACUCCCCUCAUUCUCCGUCGUUAACGGCACCGUUAACUUCACCUUCUCCCAAUACGCCUCCGUCCGGAACCCUAACCGCGCCGUUUUCUCCCACUACGAUAGCUCCCUCCAGCUCAUCUACUCCGGCAGCCAGGUUGGCUUCAUGUUCAUCCCCGCCGGCGAGAUCGACGCCGGCCGGACCCAGUACAUGGCCGCCACCUUCUCCGUUCAGUCCUUCCCCUUGUCGGCGCCGGCUAGAUUGGGCCCCACAUUGGCCAACGGUGACGGUGUUGGGUUUAACUAUGGGCUUAGGGUUGAGCCCACUAUGGAGAUCGAGUCCAAGUUGGAGAUGGCGGGGCGCGUGAGGGUUUUGCACUUCUUCAGCCAUCACGUUCAGGCCAAAGCUGGUUGCAGGGUUGCCAUUGCCGUUACCGAUGGAUCUGUGUUAGGCGCAAGUCAGGUUUCCACCACUGGUGAAUCCCAUGGGCUUCUUUAAAAUCACGUGAAGGAGUAAGAU